AUGAGAUCUGGAAAACAUACUAUCAUGAAGGUGGUAUUUACACUACUACUUGUAUACAUUGCAGCGAGUCGAGUUGUUUUGGACCCAGUUACUAUGGAGGCAAGACCAUCACCGAAGUCUAUCGAUUCACUUUUAAAAAUGAUCAGCGACGAUUUGAAGAACCAAAACUCGACGAUUAAGAAGGAGUUUGAUGCUGCGGAGAUAGCGUAUCAAGUGUCAAGCUCAAAGUACUCAACUCUUUUGCAAUCGGCGGAAGAUAAAGAAACAACUUUGAGACAAGAUUUGAUCAAAUUUCAAAAGGAACUGAAUAUGUUGGAAGAUAAGAGAAGCGCGUUGAAACAAAUCCACGCGCCAACAACGGAAAUCGACAAGAAAAUAGGCGAAACUAAACAGACGAUUCUUUCAUUGAAAAAGUCGAUCAAAAUACAGGCAAAGCAAACAAAAAAUUUGAAAGAGACGACAAGGAACGUCGAGAGAGACUUUGUACACGCACAACAGAGACAGACGGAACGCAUACUUAAAUUGAAUAGUAAGCAAAAGAAGACAAUGAAAUUAAAGGAACUCACUGAAAUGGCGAAAGUCAGAAAUGCCGAGUUGCGUCUUUUUUCGGACGAGUUGAUUGAUGUGUUAGUGUGUGGGGACGACGACGAGAGAAAAGCGGUGUUUUUAAUGAAAGCGACGACCGACAAGAAUGCGAAGAAGAUGAUGAAAAUAGUUCAAGAAGCACGAGACUUGAUGGAGGAGAUCACAACACCCGAUCCAGAAGACUUUGAAUGGAAUAAACUCUCGGGACAAGUCAAACAAAUUGAGAAGGAAUUGCAAACGUCGAUUAAUCAGAAAGAAGCACAGGAGAAUGAGAUCAAAAGUGUCUCGAAAAGUGUUGAGGAUAUAACAGAGGAAUGCAAGAUAUCGGCUGGAAGUAUGAAGAAGAACUGCGAAGAACGAUUGAACCAGAAAAUAGAAGAGAGAAAAUUAGCAAAUAAGAAACUCAGAAAUUUGAAGGGAGAAGUCAUAUUGAACCAAAAUAGACUCGACGAACUGAAGAGUGUGGUCUCGGGACAAGUUGCAAAGAAGGCGAUGGAGAAGAGUAAGACCGCGAGAACACAGUUGGGCAUGUGGCUUGCGAAGUGCAAAAAACAAUUGACAGAUGCGAUGAAACUUGAAGGCGAUUUGAAGAAAGAGGAAGUAAAUGGUUGUGGGAGAUAUCAAAGAGCAAUCAUUGCACGACACGAAAUGGUCGAAGACAGAAUUGCAGUGUUACAGUCGAGGAAACUUCGAGUGUAUCGAAAGUAUGUCAAAAUCCUCAAAAGAGAGGAAACUGCUGUGAACAACCACAUUAAGGAGUUAAGUCACAUUGCGAAACUUUAUGAGAAGAGUGCGCUCAAAAUGGCGAAGUACGAAGCCAAAGGUGUUUUCAGUGGAAGUGAGAGAAGCGACUUGAUGAAGCAAAAAGCGCAUCAAAAGCGAUUAGAAGCAUCUGAUUUGUCCGACCGAGUUGUUUCGAUGUGGAGAGCAAUGAGAAAACGCGAAGAGAAGGAAAUCGAGGCGUUGGAAAACGACGUGAAAACGCGAAGAAAGAUGAUAAAAAAGCAUGCCGAUGGUGUAAUGAGAAUAACAAGCAACAUCACCCUUCUUGUCAUGAAAAAUGAACUCCAAGAGAUCCAGAAGGACAUAGUGAUGAAGACGGAAGUCAUGACCACACUCUCUGAAAUGGUCAAGAAGAUGGCGCUGAAAGCUGUUGGGAAGAGUUCGAUCAUGAGACAUGGUGCUAUUAACAGACUCGUUGAAAUCAAGAAGGCGAAAAUAGAGUUGAAACAACAAGUGAGCCAGUUGAUGCAUAAAGCACUUUCUGGACCUGUGAAACAAGUCACUGCCGUGAAACGACUCAUGAAAAAACUGGAAGGAAGAGCCGCUCGAUUAGUUGGGGAAGAAAUCAUGAUGAACCAAGGAGUCAAAUUGUGUGAAGACAGAGAGAGUGCUUCAAAGAGGCGAGACGAGGUUGAUCGAGUCAUUUAUGAGACGUCCAAAAUAGUGAAGAACGGGAUACAGAUCAUCAACGAGAUGAGAACUAAGGAAGGGAUGUACAGAGAGACAAUGAGUGAUGCCAAACGGUUGAUGAGCAAAUUAGAAAUAGUUGAAGAAGGUGACCGAGAGGUGUUGUCUGCAGUCAUUCACAAAUUACAGAAGCGAGGAAACAAGUUAGCAAGAAGACUGAAAGCAAUCGAAGAAGUCCGAAGAGUCAUCUCGGGACAGUUAGUGGAGAAGAAAUAUAAAUUGGACAAACUUGUUGAGAAACGAACGAACCAGUAUAAGGUGGAUCACUUGAAACUCGAAGAAGCCAUUGAUAAGUUGAAACAAAAGGAGGACGUCAUUGUGUGUAAGGGAAGUCGUAAGUUAUUUGAAAAGUCGAUCAGCUCGGUGAAGAGUCGAAUGAAUGUUGUCGAAGACGAGUUCAGCGACAUGAAAGAAAGUGUGAAAAAGAUAUUGGGAGAGAUCAAUAAUGCUCACGGAAAGUGUUAUAAUGGAAUUGUCGAAGGUAUCGAGGGCGACCAACAGAAGUGUAAAGUUUGUGUGAAGUUGGGCGAGUUCAUCCUCAGAAAAGCACGGAACGGGUCGACAAAGAGACAAAUAGCUAGAAUGCUCCUUGCACGAUGCCAAGCUUCUCAGAAACAACACACGUGCUAUUCCGCCGCUCUAGGGCUGAUGGCAAACUUCGACAAGAAAAAGUUGAAUAUCACGCCCCUCGAGUUUUGUGUUAAAGCUAAUAAAUGUGUCGUCAGGGAUUGGUAA